GCCCAGGGCUGACUUAUGCGGCGCCUGGAGGGGCUGUGUCUGCGGCGGCGGCGGCGGCGGGGCCCUGGCCGCGAGCGGAGCGGGGACAAGAUGAAGUACCAGAAGUACCUGACGGUGCUGCAGAUGGCCAUCGGCGUCACGCCGUCCAACCGCGGCAGCCUGCUGCCGCUCAAGAGGAGGCUGUGGGUAACGCCGUCCUCUGAAAACCCCAGUGGUGCUACUUCUAGUGUCAGCCAAGGAAAGCCUUCUUUAAGACGAAUUAAAGGGAGACUGCACAGGAGCAAGAGCCUCGAUAGCAUCGAUUUCUGUGAACUCACUAACACAACAAUGGAGGAAACAGCUAUAUGGGAACAACACACGGUGACACUUCACAGGGCUCCUGGAUUUGGAUUUGGAAUUGCAAUAUCUGGUGGAAGAGAUAAUCCACAUUUCCAGAGCGGGGAAACCUCCAUCGUGAUUUCAGAUGUGCUAAAGGGGGGGCCUGCAGAAGGACAGCUGCAGGAAAAUGACCGGGUGGCAAUGGUUAAUGGAGUCUCCAUGGAUAAUGUUGAGCAUGCGUUUGCUGUUCAGCAACUAAGGAAAAGUGGGAAAAAUGCAAAAAUUACCAUUCGAAGGAAGAAGAAAGUUCAGAUCCCAGUAAAUCGUCCUGAUCCUGAGCCUGUGUCUGAGAACGAAGAGGACAGUUACGACGAGGAGGCGCAUGACCCCAGAAGUGGCCGUGGGGCCCUGGCAAACAGGAGGAGCGAGAAGAGCUGGGGCCGAGAUAGGAGUGCCAGUCGGGAGAGGAGUCUGUCCCCGAGGUCUGACAGGCGGUCUGUGGCCUCCAGUCAGCCUGCCAGACCCACCAAAGUCACCCUGGUGAAGUCCCGGAAGAAUGAAGAAUAUGGUCUUCGAUUGGCCAGCCAUAUAUUUGUGAAGGAAAUUUCACAAGAUAGUUUGGCAGCAAGAGAUGGCAAUAUUCAAGAAGGCGAUGUUGUAUUGAAGAUAAAUGGUACCGUGACGGAAAACAUGUCACUGACAGAUGCGAAGACGCUGAUCGAGAGGUCUAAGGGCAAGUUAAAGAUGGUGGUUCAGAGAGAUGAGCGGGCUACCCUGCUGAAUGUCCCUGACCUUUCUGACAGCAUCCACUCUGCUGACGCCUCCGAGAGGGACGAUAUUUCAGAAAUCCAGUCACUGGCAUCAGACCAUUCGGGUCGAUCCCACGACCGGCCUCCCCGUCACAGCCGCUCUCGGUCUCCUGACCAGCGGUCCGAGCCUUCUGACCAUUCUAGACACUCUCCACAGCAGCCCAGCAGUGGCAGUCUCCGGAGCAGAGAGGAAGAGAGAAUUUCUAAACCAGGGGCUGUCUCGACUCCGGUAAAGCAUGCAGAUGAUCACACACCUAAAACAGUGGAAGAAGUUGUAGUUGAGCGAAAUGAGAAACAAGCACCCAAUCUUCCAGAACCAAAGCCUGUGUAUGCCCAGGUAGGACAGCCAGACGUGGAUUUACCUGUCAGUCCAUCUGAUGGUGUCCUGCCCAACUCAACUCAUGAAGAUGGCAUUCUUCGGCCCAGCAUGAAGUUAGUAAAAUUCAGGAAAGGAGAUAGUGUGGGUCUUCGGCUAGCUGGUGGAAACGAUGUUGGCAUAUUUGUAGCUGGUGUUCUCGAAGACAGCCCUGCUGCCAAAGAAGGCUUGGAGGAGGGCGACCAGAUCCUCAGGGUAAACAAUGUAGAUUUCACAAAUAUCAUAAGAGAAGAAGCCGUCCUCUUCCUGCUUGACCUCCCAAAAGGAGAAGAAGUGACCAUAUUGGCUCAGAAGAAAAAAGAUGUUUAUCGUCGCAUCGUAGAAUCCGAUGUGGGUGAUUCUUUCUAUAUCAGAACCCAUUUUGAAUAUGAGAAGGAAUCUCCCUAUGGACUCAGUUUUAACAAAGGAGAGGUGUUCCGUGUCGUGGACACUCUGUACAAUGGGAAGCUGGGGUCCUGGCUCGCCAUUCGGAUUGGCAAAAACCAUAAAGAGGUGGAACGUGGCAUCAUCCCAAACAAAAACAGAGCUGAGCAGUUAGCCAGUGUGCAGUAUACACUUCCCAAGACAGCAGGGGGAGACCGCGCUGACUUCUGGAGGUUCCGCGGUCUGCGCAGCUCCAAGAGAAACCUGCGCAAGAGCCGAGAAGACCUCUCAGCCCAGCCAGUCCAGACCAAGUUCCCGGCGUAUGAGAGGGUGGUUCUUCGAGAAGCUGGAUUCCUGAGGCCUGUAACCAUCUUUGGACCAAUAGCUGAUGUUGCCAGGGAGAAGCUGGCAAGAGAGGAGCCAGAUAUUUACCAGAUCGCAAAAAGUGAACCUCGGGAUGCAGGAACCGACCAGCGCAGCUCUGGCAUUAUUCGCCUCCACACAAUAAAGCAGAUAAUAGAUCAGGACAAACAUGCCUUGCUGGAUGUAACGCCCAAUGCAGUAGACCGUCUGAACUAUGCCCAGUGGUAUCCAAUAGUGGUGUUCCUCAACCCGGACUCAAAGCAGGGUGUGAAAACAAUGCGGAUGAGGUUAUGUCCAGAAUCUCGGAAAAGCGCCAGGAAGUUAUAUGAGCGCUCUCAUAAACUUCGUAAAAAUAAUCACCAUCUUUUUACAACUACAAUUAACUUAAAUUCAAUGAAUGAUGGCUGGUAUGGUGCAUUGAAAGAAGCAAUCCAGCAACAACAGAACCAGUUGGUAUGGGUUUCUGAGGGAAAGGCGGAUGGUGCUACAAGUGAUGACCUUGAUUUGCAUGAUGAUCGUCUGUCCUACCUGUCAGCCCCAGGUAGUGAAUACUCAAUGUAUAGCACGGACAGUAGACACACUUCUGACUAUGAAGACACAGAUACAGAAGGCGGGGCCUACACUGAUCAAGAACUAGAUGAGACCCUAAAUGAUGAGGUGGGGACUCCCCCGGAGUCUGCCAUUACCCGGUCCUCUGAGCCUGUCAGAGAGGACUCCUCUGGAAUGCAUCCUGACCACCAGGCAUAUCCUCCCUACUCACCACAAGCGCAGCCACAGCCAGGCCAUAGAAUAGACUCCCCUGGAUUUAAAACAGCCUCUCAACAGAAAGCAGAAGCCUCAUCUCCAGGCCCUUACCUUUCGCCUGAAACAAACCCGGCACCAUCAGCCUCUGCUGUUAAUCCUCACGUAGACUUAACUAAUGUCAGACUGGAGGAGCCGAGCCCAGCUCCCCCUUCCUCUGACUCACCACACGCCGACUCUUUACGAGCUCCAGGCACUGAGGCCGCUCACGUGCAGCUCAGAGGUCCAGAGCCGUCCCUGUCGUCGCAUGUGGGCCCAGCAAAGGUGUACAGGAAGGACCCCUACCCUGAGGAGAUGAUGAGACAGAACCACGUCUUGAAGCAGCCGGCUGCGGUUCACCCUGGGCAGAGGCCAGACAAGGAGCAAGGCCUGAGCUACGAGCCGCAGCCUCCGUACACAGAGCGACAGGCUGGCAGGGAGUUGGAGCAGCCUGCAUACAGAUAUGAUGCCUCUAGCUACCCGGAGCAGUUUGCUCGGAACUAUGACCAUCGUCUGCGCUAUGAUGACCGCCUCCUCACCUACGAGGAGCAGUGGCCCUACUACGACGACAAGCAGCCUUACCAGCCCCGGCCUCUUGAUGGUCAGCCUCCCGCGGAGCCAACAGAACGAGGGUAUUUUCCCCGUUUUGAGGAGCCAGUGCCCCUGUCCUAUGAAGGCCGAGCGCACUAUGACCCACUGCCCAGGACCUCCACCUUGCGGCACGAAGAGCCUCCUGCCCCUGCCCCUGCCCCUGGGUACGACGUGCACGGCAGGUACCGGCCUGACGCGCAGCCCUACUCCACUGCUGGCCCCAAGGUGCCCCCUGAGCCCAAGCCGUACUUGGACCAGUACCCUCGGAGUUACGAGCCAGCGCCAGCCCAGGGCUUCCCCUCCAGGGCAGGCCCAGGCCACUACGAGCCUCUUCACAGCACCACGCUCGCUCCACCACUUGGCCCCUCGUCCCAGCACAAGCCCGAAGUCCCGCCCACAGGCUCCAAACCCCUGCCUCCACCCCCAGCUCCAGCUGAGGAGGAGGAAGACCCAGCCAUGAAGCCACAAUCCGUGCUCACCAGAGUGAAGAUGUUUGAGAACAAGAGGUCUGCUUCCAUGGAGAACAGGAAGGAUGAGAGCCAUUCCACUAGUUUCAAGCCCUCAGAAGUCACGUCAAAACCGGCAGGUGCUCCUGUCCCAGGUCCCAAAGCCCCUGCUCCGGGUCAGCUCGGUGAACACGACAGAGCAGCGCAUAGGAUUCCUGAACCACAGAAGCCUCACGUGAAGCCACCUGAAGACAUUGUUCGGGCAAAUCACUAUGACCCCGAGGAGGAUGAGGAGUACUACCGGAAGCAGCUCUCCUACUUCGAUCGGAGAAGCUUUGAGGCCAAGCCCCCCACCCACAUCCCCACUAGCCACCUCUCCGAGCCCACCAGGCCGGCUCACCCCCAAUCUCAGCCACAGUUUGCCGGUUACUCUUCCAAGGGGAAGGCUGCUGAGGCCGAAGCUGUGGACAGGUCAUUCGGGGAGAAGCGCUAUGACCCGCUGCAGGCGACGCCCCCCCCUCCGCCGCUGCCCGCUCAGUACAGCCAGACUGCUCAACCCAGCCCCAACACGGCUCUCGGCCUCCACGCACACACCAAGGGGGCGCACGGUGAAGGUAAUGCCAUGUCAUUGGAUUUUCAGAACUCGUUAGUGUCCAAACCAGACCCACCUCCAUCUCAGAAUAAGCCAGCAGCUUACAGACCAGCCCCUCGAGAGGAUGCUGUCCAGUCUGCCUUCUACCCACAAAAGAGUUUCCCAGAGAAAGCCCCAGCUAAUGGGGUCGAGCAGACGCAGAAAACCGUCACGCCAGCAUACAAUCGAUUCACACCAAAACCAUACACAAGCUCUGCACGGCCGUUUGAACGCAAGUUUGAAAGCCCUAAAUUCAACCACAAUCUCUUGCCGAAUGAAACCGCACACAAACCUGACCUGUCCUCCAAAGCCCCUGCUUCUCCGAAAACCCUCCUGAAGUCUGCACAGCCUCCUGAGUUUGACAGUGGUGUGGAGACCUUCUCUGUCCACACAGACAACAAGCUGAAAUACCAAGUAAACAGUGUUAGCACGGGGCCGAGAGCAGUGCCCGUGAGUCCCUCAGCCGUGGAGGAAGAUGAAGAUGAAGACGGUCACACAGUGGUGGCUACUGCCCGCGGCGUGUUUAACAGCAAUGGUGGGGUGCUGAGCUCCAUUGAGACCGGUGUCAGCAUCAUCAUCCCCCAGGGAGCCAUUCCUGAGGGGGUGGAACAGGAGAUCUACUUCAAGGUCUGCCGCGACAACAGCAUCCUGCCGCCUUUGGACAAAGAGAAGGGUGAGACCCUGCUGAGCCCCCUAGUGAUGUGUGGGCCCCAUGGCCUCAAGUUCCUGAAGCCCGUGGAGCUGCGCCUACCACACUGUGCGUCCAUGACUCCUGACGGUUGGUCUUUUGCUCUAAAAUCAUCCGACUCCUCGUCGGGUGAUCCUAAAACCUGGCAAAACAAGUGUCUUCCUGGAGAUCCAAAUUAUCUUGUUGGAGCAAACUGUGUUUCUGUCCUGAUUGACCACUUUUAAUCCUUAAAAUAUAUGAACUUGAUUAAAUAAUGUGAAACUGGGUUAAACUUACUAAAUCUAAAAUGGAACCACUCUAUCAAGUAGUACCUUUUCCUGGAGUUGAUCCUGCAGUGUGUUAGUUUUACGCGCUGUGUUGGGAUGGGGGAGGCUGAGGGUGCGUGCCUGGGAACAUGCUGCCCACUGUCCAUUUGGGGCUGGUGUGGGCUGGAGGCUUAGAGAUGAGAUGCUUUGUCAUGACUUUUGUACUUUUAUAUGGUCACUUACUUAACAUUGAUUUCCGUUAAAAUACCAGCCAGUGAAUGGGGUGCAUUUGAGUUCUAGUCUUUCCAAAGUACACUGUUUCAGACUUUCUUAUGGCCCUGGCCUGCACACACAUUUAUUUUAUUAUGCAUGAAAUAAUAUGCACAUAUUUUUAAAAUGCACCUCGAAUAUAUAACCAGUGUAGUGGAUUUAACAGAAAUGUACAGCAAGGGGAAUUUGUGGUGUGUUGGGGGGGAGGUGCGGGUCAAGUGAAGACAAUGACUUACUUACUGUAUACGAAAACUCACUUUUCUUAGGGAAGGACACCAAAGCAUGAGACUGGUUCCGUGGCCUCUUCUGGAUCUAUAAAUUAACCAUAUCACCGCAGACAUACUGACCAGCAGGAAUGCCUUACCCUCAUGUUUUUGUUAGAUCAUUCUGUCUGUGUAUCACUAAGUUUUAUGGCUUUGUGCGCAUCUAGAUACUGUAUCAUGAAAAAGAUGGAGUAAAUUGUGGAUUUGGUGGUUUCAGAAAUGUGUGAUCACCCAGAAGAAAAUAAUGGUGUGAUUUUGGGUGUGUUUUUUUUUUUCCGGCAAGAGGCAGUGGUUGUUUUUCUUUUGGCAAUGCAUUUGAUAAAUUUUGAUGUUUUAAGGAUGCUUGUACAUAAAGCGUGCAUACCACUUUGUUCUUGGUUUGUAAAUUAACUUUUAUAAACUUUACCUUUUUUAUACAUAAACAAAACCAAGUUUCUUAAGGCUACCUUUGUAUUCUCUCCUGUACCUCUUGAGCCUUGAACUUUGACUUCUGCAGCAAUAAAGCAGCAUUUCUAUGACACACACAAGGUCAUUUUUUUAAGAAAAAAGGAUGCACAGAGUUGUUACAUUUUUAAGUGCUGCAUUCAGAAGACACAGUUACUCAGAAUUCUCUAGUUUGAAUAAAUUCUUGCAAAGUAUCCCUACUGUAAUUUGUGAUACGAUGCUGUGCCCUAAAGUGUAUUUUUUUACUAAUAGACAAUUUAUUAUGGCACAUCAGCACAAUUUCUGUUUAGAUAAUACACCACUACAUUCUGUUAAUCAUUAGGUGUGACUGGAUUUCUUUUACAGUUAUUAAAAACUCAAAUUUCUAAAUCUGCAGAAUAAAACUUUUUAAAAUAA